UAGCAUCGAGGAAGCGAGUGUUUGUUCUCCUUUGUGAAAAAAAUCUCCGUUGACCUGAGGGAAACAAGAAAAAAAAAAAAGAGAGGCGAAGAAGAAGAUGAAGAUGAACGUUAGGGUUUUGUUUCUGGCUCUCCUUCUCCUCGCAUCUCCUCUGCUCCAAGUUGCUAGAUGUCAAGUGGACGAUGAUCAUUCCAGCAUUGUUGACGAUGUUGUGGGAGAACACAGUGAUUCUGGUGCCGAGGAAGAUGACCAGGACUUGGAUCUCAACUUGACCUCAGCUCCAGGAGUUGAGACUGUCUCUGUUUUCCCCCAUAACAGUGGUAGAUUGGUUAUAGCUGGAGAAGAUACUGAGCUCAUUGUUGCUCUCAGGAAUGAUGGGAAAUCUAGAGUUGGUGUGAUGGGAAUUAGGGCCAGCGUUCAUCUUCCUUAUGAUCAUAAGUUGUUGGUUCAGAAUCUUACCGUCCUGAGAAUCAACAAUGCCUCCAUCCCAUAUUCAGUUCAAGCAACAUUCUCCUACGUCUUUGCUGUCAGCCAGUACCUACAGCCUGGAGCAUUUGAUCUGGUGGGUUAUGUUAUCUACGACGUGGAAGGGAAGGCAUACCAGAAUGUCUUCUACAAUGGAACCAUUGAGGUGGUUGAAUCUGGAGGUCUUCUCAGCGGUGAGUCUGUCUUCCUUAUAACACUUGGGAUUGCUCUCCUCCUCCUCCUCGGUCUAUGGGCAUACAGCCAAGUUCAGCGUCUCACUAAGAAAACCAAAAAGGUGUCAAAGGUGGAAGUAGGAACAAGGUCUGUCGACGCAUCACUGGACGAGUGGCUCGAGGGAACUCAUUUGGCCAAGACAUUGUCUGGGAAAUCAAAGAGCAAGAAGAACUAAAAGAGAGCCUUUUUGGCUCCUUUACAGCUUAUAGACUUCAGCUUUUGGCGUUUUUAAAGAGUUUUAAGUUUGUCUUUGAGGAAGUUUUAGGGUUACGUUACCUCUUUUUUGUUCAUGCAUUGCAUACGUUACCUCUUUUUUGGCUCA